GACGAGUGCAUGGACCUGCUCGAGCAGCACGCGCAGGCGCUCGCCAAGAGCGUGACCUCUCUGCUCGAGGGCGUCGCGACCGGAGCUCCGGCUCCCGCCGCUGCGCCGAACCUCGAGGACGCGCUGCUGGAGGGUGCCGACGCGCCGGCGCCUCGCGGCGCGAUCGCGUGGGCGGAGGCGCGCGCGGGCGAGCAGCCCGGGGCGGUCGCCUCGACGCCCGCCGAGGCGCUGCUCCGCGCCGACCUCGAGGCCGUGCUGCGCCAGCGCUCGCAGCUGCGCGCCAAGCUGGCGCGGCACCGCAGCGACACGGAGCUGCUUCGCCAAGCGCUACGCAAGGCGGACACGCUGCUGCAGGAGCAGUACGACACGGGCUUCGUCGCCGGCCGCCCCUCCAGCCGGGGCCAGGCUGCGACGCGGUAGAGGUGCAGUCUGUGCA